CAAUACAACUACACAAGACCAGAGGAGACGAAAAAGGUCUCAAACUCUCAACGGCUCAACGCUUUCCUUUCUUACAAAGAUCAUAACCCUCAAGGCCUCAACUCAACCCAACUCUGCAAAACCCUCCUUUUUCUCUCUCCUAUGUGAUAAUAGUAACCGACGAUGAUUCACCUAUUAUUCUCAGUGAUCUUCAUGGAAAUGGCAGUAAUUCUGCUACUUCUCUUCAGAACCCCGCUAAGAAAACUUGUGAUUUUGGGGUUAGAUCGGAUGAAACGAGGUAGAGGACCAAUAGUUAUUACAACAGUUGGUGGAACUAUUCUUGUUUUGCUCGUUACCACCAUCUCAACUAUCGUUAACAUCCAGCAACGCGACAUCGAACCCGGAACUAUUAAUCCGACUGAUCAGAUUUUGUUCACACGCAGUCUUCUCGAUGCUUCUCUUAUGGGGUUUAUCUUAUUCCUGGGACUGAUGAUGGACAGAUUGCACCAUUACAUCAGAGAACUCCGCUUACUUAGAAAGACAAUGGAGGCUGUAAAGAAACAAAACCGAAGUUUUGAUGAUGCCAAGAAUGGAAGUUCAGAGGAGCUUAAAGCCAUGGAGGAGGAGGUUGCUACCCUGAAGUCUAGGAUCAAGACCAUGGAGUCUGAAUGUGUGGCGAAAACAGAUGAGAUAAAAGCUUCAGAAUCUAAAUCCGAGGCGUUGAAAAAGCAAUCAGAAGGCUUACUUCUUGAAUAUGAUAGGCUGCUUGAGGAUAACCAGAGCCUUCGUGGCCAGUUGGAGGAAAUUGGUCAAAGCCUUGCGAAUUCUGAUGGAAAGAAAAACAUGUAAAGCAAAUACACCAUGAAUUUCAAACUUGCUCAACCUUUUUUACUUGUUUUUUUGGGUGUAAAUCUCUGCCUAACUGGAAGAUCCUGUGCUAGCAGAUUCCUUGUUGUGUCACUGGUGCGUUAGUUAAGAUAGUUUCAGUUUUUCUGGUAUAUCAACCUCCCGAUGUAAUAGACCUGCCCACCCAAUUGCAUCUCUAAAUUUCUGGUUUUCACAAA